AUGGAAUCCGUCACACGGCCGUCGCCGUUCCGCUUCGACCCGGAUCAGCCAUGGUGCCGAACGCGGUACCCACUCACGUUUGUGGAUGAGAACCGGGAGAUGCUCUCGCUGUACGCCGAGCUUCCGGACGUGGACUACGAUGAGAAGGGCAACACGCCGAGCAGCGAGUCGGACAAUAAGGGGGGUGAUGAUGCUGUUGAUGAUGUUGCUGAUGAAUAUUCUCUGGAGGCUGCCACUGAUGCCACGGCUGUCAACCAUAUGGUGACGCCUUCGCUAACGGAACAGGAUUGGUCAUCGAUCGACAUAGUCUGCAGCCCAGCCAACUACGGCGAGCCAGAUCGGAGCUCCAGCGAUCUCUUUUCCCCGUCGGGUCAUGCGACAUCGCUCCGUCACAACAGCAUUGGCAUCAGCGACCUCGUCAACUCGCCCGAGCACAACGACCCGUCCUUGUCGCCCUUGUCGCCCUGGUCCCCUCCCUCGCUCCUGGCCUGGCCGCUCGAAAACGCCAUGGAGGCUGGCCUGUUCCGGCACUUUAUCGACAUUGCAGCGCGGUCGUUUGACCUCUGCGACCUCGAGCGCAGCUUCGCCGUGGUGGUGCCGUGGCGGGCGAUGGAGCACGCACCGCUCAAGAACGCCAUGUUUGCGAUCAGCGCGAAACAGCUCAGUCUGACCAGUGCGUUUGACAAGAACGUGUCGGACCGGUACUACCAGCGGUGUCUGGCAACGCUGCGGCCAAUGCUCAACGACGAGGCCGCGCUGGUGGACGAGAACCUGUUUGCGGCAACGGUGAUUCUGCGGAAUCUGGAAGAAAUUGAAGUUCCCCUUGCGGGCGCCGACACCAACACCUACCUUCUCGGCAACAGCCUCUUUGUCAAGGCCUCGGCCGUGCUGCACGACUCUGCCGGCACGUCAGCCCCCAUCCUCUUUUCCGGGCUGCGCCGGGCUGCCUUCCUCGUCGCCGUCCGCCAGGAGAUCUACACUGCCUUUGUGUCGCAGCGGUCGAUCGACCCAUCCUUUAGCCCGUUUGUCGUCGACAUGGCUUUAGACCUGGAGGGCGACGAUUUUGACUGGGCUAACCGGGCCGUCUUUUUGCUGGCCGAUGUACUGCGCUUCUGCUACGACAAGACGUCAAUGUCGACCGACGACACAACGGCCUGGCACGACCGUCUCUCCAUGUACAGCCAGCUCUGGUACGAGAAGAAGCCGUCGAGCCUGUCGCCGUUCUACUGUGGAGGGGGUGCUGAUGGUUUUGAUGCUGCUGACGGCACUAACACGAACACCACCACAACUACAUCUCCCUUCCCUGAAGUCUGGCUUAUGUCAGACGCCGCGGCCACCGGAUUGCAGCACUACCACCUAUCGCGCAUUCUUCUGUAUGCCUUUGACCCACGGGCGCCGCGCAUUGGGCCCGGCCGGGCGACCUUUGCUCGGCAGCAGGACCAAGCCAUCCGCCAGCAGGUACGGCUUCUAGUCGGCAUCGCCAAAAGUAACCCGCACUGUCGGCCCAACUACGUGUCGGCGUGCAUGGGCAUCACCGUGGCCGGGGACCGGUUUGAGGACCGGCGCGAGCAGGAGGCUAUCAUGGAUUUUCUGCAGGAGACUGAGGAAAUUUGUGCUUGGCCGACCGGGACGGCGAGCAAGCAUCUUUCAAGGGCGUGGGGGUGGUAA